GUACACGAAUACUUCGACAUCGAGCACUGCUAUCACUCCCGUUUGAUCGGCGUGAAAGGGAAGUGCGUGCAAAAGUUGAUGAGCGACUUUGGCGUCGAGAUCAAGUUUGCCGACCGACAUUCGCCCAACCCCGACCAGGUGAUGAUCAGUGGCUUGCCGCAACGAGUCGCCGAC